GGGUGUCAGCCCUGCCAAAACAAAAACCGAUCAAAUGUCAAAUUCCUGACGUCCACACUUAUUUACUCACAUUUCCACCUCAAAUCGUCUCUCAUUUCGCAUAAUGUGUUUAAAAGUGUCAUUUUCCCUCCUGGAUUAACUCACAGUCGUGGUGCACGCCCCGCUCGUCGAUGAUGUAGUGGCAGGUUGCAAGGAGGCGUAAUAAGAUAUUGUGUUGUCUCGAGUGGCCCCACACUAUGGAGGAUAGUUUGAGCGUGAAAUCAAAUGAGUCGGUGGCAACGAGCGAAGAGUUUGAUUUCGUUGGGGACAAGCCUGCGAACAAGACGCCCACGUUGGAUAUUAAGGGGGAUCUAAGCGAGUUGAAGAGUGCCUUGACGGAGGUGCUGCAGGAGUCGGGGAGGAAUAUGGACGAGGUGGACGGCAAGGAGAAGAAGAUCGGGCAUUCGACGUUUUAUGGGUGUUUGGUGGAGCCGGGGAAGGACCCGCUGUCAAGGACGGGGGAGGACAGUCCCGGGGAAAAACAGGACUCGGUCAAGCAGGACUCCAAUGAGGAGGAGGAAGUUUCAGAUAUCGAUCAAGAUUGUACAAUUUUCGCUGGUGUGACAUAUUUGGGCGCCGCCGCCAUAAACGCCCCCAAAUCGGAGGCCGAAAUCCAACGAAACAUGACCAUAUUAAACGAACAAAGUUCAGAACAAGGGAUUAAAGUCUCGGUUUCGGUGCCAUGCUCAUCGCAGGGGUUUGUGGUUCUGUACGACGCCAACUCGAAUUCGGUGAUUUCCCGCUAUGAGAUACACCGUAUUUUGUUUUAUGCUCGGGGGGCGAUCGACGGUAGCGAAGCCGGUUGUUUUGCCUUUACGUGGUCACAUGGUGAUACGCAAGAAUCCGCCAUUUUCCAGUGCCAUGUUUUCCGGUGUGACAUAGCCGAGGCGGUGUCACGUGUCUCAGCGUGUUUUGCGAAGGCGUUUCAAAGAGUGCCACGCUCGAUGAGCAGUUCGGUCACGUCGGCUUUGGAUAUGACAGGGUCCAUAACCACAAUACCCGAAGCCAGGACGCUUAUGUAUGUAUUUGAAGUCAGUUUGGAGAUUAAGGAGGAUGACGGGAAGGGACAACUGUCGACAGUUGGUAAAGACAGGUCCGGGUUUAAAUUGAAAACAAAUUUGGAGAAACAGCUGUGUUUGAGCAUACGGCAGGUGUCGGAUAAUGGGCCCCAGUUGCAUAUUGAGCGUUGUUUUGGGGUACUGGUGGCCCCCGGACGACAUGUGCGCCACUCCGACAUGCAACUACUCGAAAUGAAAGAACAAGUUCCGUCGAAUAACUCCUGUACUUUAAUUUCGGCGACUUGGGAUCCGACCGAACCUUCGUUCGAGUCGUUAAAUCAGGAAACACCGAAAGAUGUGAAACAAUUCAUGACAGUCGCUGUGGAUCUAGUGAUACGUGGAAUACAGGAACCUGUAAGGUUUCAAAUCGAAACACCGGUCCGUAUUUUCGGACAGAAUGAGCGAAAUUUCUGGUAUUUUCAGAAGAGGUCGCUCGUGCAACAGUUUUUUUUGAAUCUCAAAGAGGUGGUGGCUGGUGAUCUCAACGACAUAUACUAUGAAGUUUUGAAUAUGGAAACGUCGGGUGAAUUGGACAGGAAUUUACUUAAUCUUAACUUAAAUCUAUCGAGCCUUAUACAGUCACCUAGUAUUACGUCCAUUGAUACCAUAACGCCUAAAGAUGAGUACAAUUCAGAUGGUGACGAGCCCCUCCUUAGCGGCACCGGUCUCGUGUCGAAAGACUGCUCCGAAGACGUCCUUGAAAGUUGGGCCGAGGUUUUGAAUCGUUGGAAGUCAACAAAACAGCCACCUAAACAACUCGCCAGUCUAGUCCGUACCGGAAUUCCGGAAGCUUUAAGAGGUGAAGUAUGGCAGCGUUUAGCCGGCGUCGAAGAAGACACAGAAAUGAUGGAAAAUUACAGAUUACUUAUCACAAAAGAGAGCAGUUGCGAGAAUGUGAUCCAACGCGACAUCGCACGCACUUUCCCGGCCCAUGAUUUUUUCAAAGAAGCCGGUGGUCUAGGACAAGACUCUCUCUACAGGGUUAGCAAAGCCUACGCCGUCUACGAUUCAGAAGUCGGCUAUUGUCAGGGACUUAGUUUUUUAGCGGCCACGUUACUGUUGCACAUGCCUGAGGAACAAGCUUUCUGUGUUUUAGUCAAACUGAUGUACAAUUAUCACUUGAGGGAUUUGUAUAAAGACGGCUUUGACAAUCUCUACCUACGCCUGUAUCAACUCAAUUGUCUUAUGAAAGAACAGUUGUCGCCUUUGUGGCAACACUUCGCCGAUCAUCACGUGGAAACACACAUGUUUGCAUCGCAGUGGUUUCUGACCUUAUUUACUGCCAGAUUUCCCCUAAAUUUUGUUUUCCAAAUAAUUGAUGUUUUCUUGUUGCAAGGAAUCGAUACUUUGUUUCAAGUCGCUUUGGCUCUCUUAACGGCGUAUGCGAAAGAUUUGCUACAGUUGGAUUUUGAAGGCAUUUUGAAAUACUUUCGCGUUUCUCUGCCGAAAAAAUGUCGCAAUGAGGACGCCACAAGACAAUUGAUCAAGUCGGCUUGUAUGAUAAAAUUGAAGAAGUUGCGAAAAUUUGAAGCGGAAUAUUUCGCCCUGAAAGACGGCUGGGAAAUUAUCAUUUUGGAUUCAGAAGCUGCAGAUAACGCCGAAAGUGAAGCGAACGAAGUGCAACAAUUGCGUGUGACGUUGGGACGGUACGAAGAUGAACGGAAAUUAAUGUUUGACGAAAUCGCACAGUUGAAAGAUAUGUUGAAACGCGAAGUGGAACAAGCAGAGAAAGAUAAAAAGAAUUACACGACAAUCAUAAACGAUUAUAAGUUGGUUAGACAAAGGUUGGAUACUCAGUUGCACGCAGUACGGACCGAAUUGGAGAAUCUCAAAUAUAAACUGUCGAAUUGUGACAAUUGUAAGGUUCUUAUCGACGAACCGAAACAGUACAACGAAGAGACCGAAACUGACGGCUCCGAAAGGGUGCGAGAAUUGGAGUUAGAGUUGGCGCAAACCAAGCUUGCGCAAGUCGAAGCCGAGUGUCGCAAUCAGGAUUUGAUUCAUCGGUUGCGCACAACCGAAAUCGAGUUAACUUCGGCCAAAAACAGCUGGCCACCGUGGUUGAGUAAGACGUUGAGUUCGAUCAAAGAAGUUGCCAAUAAGAAAGAUUUUGGCAAUAUGACAUAUCCCAGCAACAUUCCGAACACAACGCCCUCUUUUAUAUCACACAUAAAUGCAAUACGACGCGAUAGCGUGCCAUUGAGGAGUGACCAUAGUAAUGUAAGGGAGCAGAGACGCGACUCGACCCCGAUUAUCAAGGAUUCUCAGAGUUGUAGUAGUUUGAAGACUCACAAUUGAUCGUAAAUUGAUGUUAUUUUAUUUUGUUAGUUAUCGUAGGAUUUGUAUUAAUUUUAUUUAUGAUAUAUGUACAUUAAACUAUUAACACCUGGA